AUGAGAAACCUUUUAAAUCAGCCAUUGAGGCAAAAUCUAAUGUUAUACGAUCUAUUGAGAUCUAAAGGUAUACGAACCAAUAGUAUUGGGCUUUUCCCCAAAUACGGUUUUUCCAAGAAAUAUUAUUCAUCUAAAGAAGAUGAUAGUAAAUAUAUAUUUUCCAAGAAGGGGACUGAAAUACAGAAUAAUGUUGGUGUCAAAGAUUAUAUUAGUUCAAGACAUUUUUUCACGAAACCAACGAUUUUUGAAAAAAUGAUUAAAUCAUUUAAAUUAAACAAUUCUAAUAAAAUCAAACUUAAUCGAGAUGAAAAUGAAGAUGCAAUAUUAUUAGGGGAUAUAAUUAGUAAACAACGAGCCAAACAAAGAAGAAAGGCUUUCAAAUUUGCAUUAUAUGGUACUUUUGGUGGGAUCUUAGGAUAUUUUGUCCUCUAUAAAGUCUUAUACCUUCGAGAAGAAUCGUUCUUACCACUUUAUCCUGCAUCCAAAAAAAGAAAGUUGAGUGAUGCUGAUCUAAGGAAACUGGAUCUUUCUGAGAUUGAAGAAUUGUCCAAGAUCAAGGUACUGGGUAUCUUAAGUAGUCAUCCAAUGAUUAAAGAACAAUAUGGUGUUCCUCUAUAUGAUGAAAAUAAAAACCCAUUAGAAGUGAAAAAUUUCCAUAUUUGGUGUGAGGAUCAAGAUCCGUGUGUCACUGGGAUACUUUUCCAGCCAGAUCCCCCCAGCAAGUUUGAUGAGAAUUACUUUGAAUCUAGAAACCAUUCUUGGUAUCGUAUCCCUUAUGUUUUGAAAUGGAGACUCACCCAUCGCCCUGUAUAUAUAUCUCAUGAUCUUUUGGAUAUUUUCCAAAGAAUCUCCAACAAAUCCAACGAUAUGUUUGAAUUAAUUUCACCUGAAAAAGUAUAUGGAUCAUUCAAAUAUGAAUAUUCUUUACCUGGAGAUGAUCAUUCCUUACAUAUCAAAUUUUCUGGAGAAGUUCAGUUAGGUAAAGAUUCUUUAAUUGUAUACAAGGGGAAAUACCAUUUUGAUUCUCAAAUGGUACAAGUAUUUUUGUUAAGAAGAGAGAAUAAUGAAUUGGUGAAAUAUAUGUUGUAUGAUUCAAAUAAAUCUAUAUGA